CAAAAUUACAAAAUCAUUAAAAUAACAAAAUUACUAAAACUUUACCUAAAAUUAAAAUGAAAACGGAAAUAUCAAAACAAAAACUGAAGUAGCCUACGUAUAAAAACCGUAGCUAGCUAAUAGUAUUUCAAUGAUAAGAUUAAAUGUAAAAAUAUAUAUCAUUAUGUUCAGGGCAGGCCGAAAUGUAGCCUAUUUUAGGGACCUUUUACAUGACACUGAGUUCAACUAAAAACAGAAAACUUUUUAUGCGUUUUGGCCGUUCAUUUACACAACAGUCGAGUUUUGUGGGCAUGAAAACAGAAACUUUUGAAAAUGUGUUUCAAAGUGAGUUUUUAAAAAAUCGUUUUCGUGUAAACUACAAAAACGCGAAUUUACGCAAACGGUGACGUCUUGCGCAUGCGUGUUACGUGUUCAGUCUAUAGGCGCGUUGUGUUUCUUUACAUUGCCAUCUACUGGCAUAGCAGCAGAAUACAGCGUUGUAGGCCUAGUUGUUUUCAUGGAUCGGUGUCAACUGGGAUCGUUGCCGUCUGUAGGCUACGCGAAAAAAGCAAAGGAAAAAACUUUUCCAUUUUUAGUACAUCGUUGUCGUGUAAACGUACCCUAACUUAAGUGUCUUACAUAUUUUUUUCUCUUUGUAUGAAAACAUUUGUUGCACCUGGCGCACGUUGGUAAGCAACCUGACAAAACCUUUCUACAGUUCAGAGGCGCGAACGCGCGCGCGUGCCCGAGGCUCGCGCAGGGGAGGUUCAUAUACGCGCCGCAUCUGAGGCUCGUCGUCAGUUCGAGCGGCGCGAGACAGAUUCAGCUCUGUGGUUCUGUGCUCGAGUCUCUCUGUUCCUAAUUUGUGGAGCGCAGAUCGGAGCGGAUCAUCGGUGUUUGUCACUCAGAGAUGCUCGUGUUUUAGAGGCAUCAGCAUCAGUUUUAGUCGCACUGAAAGGAAUGAGAUCAGAGCAUCAAUGUUUCACUGGGGCAAGUGGAAAAAGAGGAUGGGAGCGAACAGUUCAUCCAAGAGACCAGUGUUCGACGACAAAGAGGAUGUGAAUUUCGAUCACUUCCAGAUUCUGCGAGCCAUUGGGAAAGGGAGCUUUGGGAAGGUGUGCAUUGUGCAGAAGCGGGACACGGAGAAGAUGUACGCCAUGAAGUAUAUGAACAAGCAGCAGUGCAUUGAGCGCGACGAGGUCCGGAACGUCUUUAGAGAGCUUGAGAUCCUACAGGAGAUUGAACAUGUGUUUUUAGUAAACCUCUGGUACUCGUUCCAGGAUGAGGAGGACAUGUUCAUGGUGGUGGACCUGCUGUUAGGAGGAGACCUGCGCUACCAUCUGCAGCAGAACGUGCCGUUCACAGAGGAGGCGGUGAAGCUGUACCUGUGCGAGAUGACGCUGGCGCUCGACUACCUGCAGAGCCAACACAUCAUACACAGGGACAUCAAACCUGACAACAUUCUCCUGGACGAGCAAGGUCACGCACAUUUAACAGACUUUAACAUUGCUACGAUAAUCAAGGACGGUGAACGGGCCACGGCGUUAGCGGGAACAAAGCCUUACAUGGCUCCAGAGAUCUUCCAGUCGUUUGUGAGUGGAGGAACCGGUUAUGCGCUCGAAGUGGACUGGUGGUCGCUGGGCGUGACAAUUUUUGAGGUUCUGCGAGGUUGGAGGCCAUAUGACAUCCAUGCCAGUAAUUCGGUGGAGUCUCUGCUGCAGUUGUUCAGUACCGUCAGUGUUCAGUACAGCUCGGCCUGGCACAAAGACCUCGUCUCGCUGCUGAGGAAGUUAUUGACUGUAAACCCAGAGCAUCGCUUCUGUAGUCUGGCUCAGAUGCAGACGGCGCCCUACCUCUCCGAUGUCAACUGGGACGAUGUUUAUGAGAAGAAGAUGGAGCCGGGGUUUGUUCCCAAUAAAGGUCGUCUGCAUUGUGAUCCCACCUUCGAACUGGAGGAGAUGAUUCUGGAGUCUCGUCCUCUUCAUAAGAAGAAAAAGCGUCUGGCAAAAAACAGGUCGAGAGACAACAGCAAAGAUUCUCAGUCUGAGAACGAAUAUCUUCAGGAGUGCCUUGAAGUCGUCCAGCAAGAGUUCAUGAUUUUCAACCGUGAAAAGUUGAAGCGUCGGCAGGAGGAGGGAGCAGAUGGAGAUGGAGACGGAGACGGAGAUCCAGACGCUGAUGAGGCAGAGGCUGAGGGAGGAACAGAGGACGAAGAGACCGAGCCUGAACCCGAACCCGAGACCUCCAAACUGAGCAUGUGCGGUUCGGUCUGCUCGUCUCCAGGAAGCUGCUAGCGCCCCGUUGUCCUCCGAGGCCACGGCGCGCUCACCAUGCCUUUAAAAUCCCUCAUUAUUCAGAGCCGCGACGGACCCUCACAUUUUCGUUUGUCUCCUACAGCAAGUUUGAACUUCUAUGCAAUGUAUCUCUUCAGCAUGAUGUAAAAUAGAGAUUUUAGAGGCAAUUCAACACGCUUGAGUAUGACGACACUCCAUGAAACUGAUGAAGGAGCUCUUUAUCUUCAGUUUAAUUGUCUUUGAAGCAGAAACAACACUGAUGCUCAUCCACACACAUGAAGCUGCUUGAGGAUUCAUUGAUAUUUCACAUAAUGACUUGAUUGCAUUUGUAUGUUUACAUAUGCGAGUUAUUACUGAUCAUGGAAGCAUCUGGUGCCUUUUGAAUUCAGCACAGAGUUUCCUGCUUUCAUGUGCUGUGAGAAGACUAAGCAUAGGACUAGUUAACAUACUGACUCUAGUAGAGCACUAGCGAGUAGAGUAUGUGCUUCUGAUGGGAGUGUUUGUGUAGUUAUUAUUUUUCUUUUAUCCUCAUAUCAGAACCGAUUUUACAUGGGAGGAAAAACAAUUCGCCCCAUAAUUCAUACAGGUUUACUGGUUACACUUUACAAUGAGGUUUCAUUAGUUAACAUGAACUAUGAGACUUAAUGUUAAUUACAGAAUUUACAAAUACAUGAAGUUUGACGUUGUUUUGUAUUUGUUAUGUCAGUCUAUAAUUUAAAAUUUAAAAACUGAAGCAGAAGUUCUCCUUCCUCUAAUAGAUGAUUUCAUAUGAAUGUCUGAUUUUGUGUGCAUGAUAUUUUCUCCUGUUUUCCUCAUCUGUGCUUCAGAAAUUUGUGUUUUCGAGAUGUUUGACUUCCUCCACAGCACUUUAAAGCAGAAAUUCUGCCAUAGAAUUCAAUAGGAGAGUCAUUCGUUUAGUUUUUCUUAAAAAAAAAAAGAAAGAAAAAUACUGUUUAAUUCUACAUGAGGGUGAUCACAUGACCAUUUCUACAUUUCUACAAUCAGUAUUUCUUUUAAAGACCUGAUGAAGCAUUUAUUUCCAGAAGGGCUCAUCACCCUAUUUAUUGUAAAUAUCCAGUAGUCUUUAGUUUACAAUUUACAUCAUGAACCAUGAUUUACUAAUAGUUUAGGAGGAGGCACAAUCUUACAGUAUAUAUAUUUGCUCCUGAAUGAAAGAACAUCAGUGUUUUCAUCCAUUUCCCCAGAAGAAAUGAUUUGAAAUGCUGUCAUUAGGAUUUUUAAAUGUUUUUGGAAGAAGUCCCUUCUGCUCACCAAAGCUGCAUUUGAUCAAAAAUACAAAAAAAAAAAGGAAAGCAAAAAACCAAAACACCCAGUGUGACACUGAAGAUUGGAGUAA